CCCCCCCAUCCCAGCUCCCAGGCCGUGUCCCCUCCAGCUCCCGGCCCCGCGCCGCCCCCCCCUCCCCGGCACUUGGGCCCUGCGCCCCCCCACCGAGCCAGGCAGGGCCUGGGCGGCCUUGGCGUCGGGCCUGGGGCGCCCCGGGGCCCCACCGCGCACCUCUAACGGCGGGGCUGCUCUCGGCGCCGGGAGUGGGGGCCUAUCGAGGCGCACCCCUCCCGAAAGAGCGCGGCCCGGAGGAAGGGUGCUGGGAAUCUGGGGGCUCGUCGCACCUACCCCAGCAACUCAAAUUCACCACCUCGGACUCGUGCGACCGCAUCAAAGACGAGUUCCAGCUCCUGCAGGCGCAGUACCACAGCCUGAAGCUCGAAUGCGACAAGCUGGCCAGCGAGAAGUCGGAGAUGCAGCGUCAUUACGUCAUGUACUACGAGAUGUCCUACGGCUUGAACAUCGAGAUGCACAAGCAGGCUGAGAUCGUGAAGAGGCUGAAUGGGAUCUGCGCGCAGGUGCUGCCCUACCUGUCCCAGGAGCACCAGCAGCAGGUCCUGGGAGCCAUCGAGAGGGCCAAGCAGGUCACAGCGCCGGAGCUCAACUCCAUUAUCCGACAGCAGCUCCAGGCCCACCAGCUGUCCCAGCUUCAGGCCUUGGCCCUCCCGCUGACCCCGCUGCCCGUGGGGCUGCAGCCGCCCUCGCUGCCGGCGGUGAGCGCGGGCACAGGCCUCCUGUCGCUGUCGGCGCUCGGCUCCCAGGCGCAUCUCUCCAAGGAAGACAAGAACGGGCACGACGGGGACACCCACCAGGAGGACGACGGCGACAAGUCGGAUUAGCGGGCAGCGGGGGGGGCGGGGGGGGGGGACGGGACGGGGGGGGGAGGCAGAGAGAGAGAGAGGAAGGCUCGGCGCCAGACACAGGAUCGCCCGGGGUCGGCUCGCCCGGUGGUGUUUCUGGGAGCCCCAGCCUGCGCGGGGCGCCCCCUGGCUCGGCUCCUGCCCCGGACCCCCCUCCUCCUCCUCCUCCUCCCACCCCUCUCCCCCUGCAACCUGAAGGCGAGAGAGCCGAGGCGAGCCGAGGUGCAGAUGGAGGCCAGGUCGGAAGGGAGCAAAACCUCAAGAACCCCACCCCCCGCACCCCCUGUUGCGCACACGUGCACCUGACAGUCCGCCCGGGCCCUCGGGGCGCCCCCAGCCUCCCCCCCACCGGCACUGCAUGCGAGCGAUGCUAGCUGCCCCCUCCCCGCCCGGGCCCCCCGAGUCCCCAUCCCCCCCCACCCCGCACACGCCCCCCCGGGCCUGUCCCCUCGCCCACAGAAGAGGGGCCCGAGCGGGGCGGGCGGGCGCCCCACAGUCCUCUUCCUGCCCGUCCCCAAUAAAGAUGAGGGUACUCGA